AUGAUGAACAGCACCGUGGUGAGGGAUUUCAUUCUCAUGGGCUUUACAGAUGAUCGUAAGCUUCAGAUUUUGCUCUUUCUUCUACUGAUGGGAACAUACCUUUUGACUCUAUCAGGGAAUGUCGUGAUCAUUGUGAUCACGCUGUCAGAUCAUCGUCUCAACACUCCAAUGUAUUUCUUCCUCCGAAACUUUGCACUAUUGGAGAUUGGAUUCACCAGUGCCAUCAUUCCCAAAGCAAUGGCCAAUUUGGCCACGGGACAGAUAACUAUCUCCAUAGCUGGCUGUUUCAUGCAGUUCUUUUUAUAUUUUGUCCUGGGGACCACAGAAUUUUUUCUACUGGCGGUAAUGUCUUUUGAUAGAUACGUGGCUAUUUGCCACCCUCUUCGUUACUCCACCAUAAUGAAUAACACAAUAUGCUCACUGCUGGUAGGUUUCUCUUGGGCUGGGGGCUUGUUGCUAAUUCUGGGUCCGGCAAUUGCUUUAUUUCAGAUGCCAUUCUGUGGCCCAAACACUAUAAACCAUUUUUUCUGUGACAAUGGACCAUUGCUCAAACUUGCAUGCCUAGACACAAGUCUGCUGGAACUCAUGGAUUUUUUCAUUGCCAUUCUCUCUCUUGUUGGGUCUCUGGUAGUAACUGUCGUCUCCUAUGCCAAUAUUAUUUUCAAUAUCACACGCAUCCCAUUGACCCAAGAGAGGCAGAAAGCCAUCUCCACUUGUUCCUCCCAUAUUAUUGUUGUGUCCCUUUUUUACGGUAGCUGCAUCUUCAUGUAUUUGCGGCCUUCUCAAAGUGAAGGGUUUGAUUUCAACAAAGGGGUCUCCAUACUAAACACCAUGGUCACCCCAUUGUUGAACCCCUUCAUCUACACUCUCAGAAACAAGCAAGUUCAAGAAGUGUUCAGAGAUAUCAGAAAGAAGGUAUUGAAAAAUUAG